UUAAUUGGCUGGUCUCCGUGCGAAUAGGCGGAGCUUCCAUGAACACCACGAGGGUAGUAUAAAGCAUCGCUGCAAGUUUAUUCUCUGAAUGGUAGUUUUCUGGAUGUCUUGUGUUGAUCGCACCGGAGAAUUUCAGCAGAAUAAACAUAGGACAAACUACAGCACGAUUAGAACUAAGGGUACCUUUACGAUACCAUAUCAUGUACGUUUGUUACAGAAACCAGGGACGCUGAAUUCAGAAUAUUUGUAACUGUCAAUCUGUGGGUAGCUAUCACUAUUUUAAACUAUUAACGUUACGUUGUUAUUUUAUACAUAGAGCAAGAUGGAUACAUUUUUAUACGCUGUCACUUUAGCAAUGGCUACCUUCUGUUUGGUCGGCGCCGGCUGCCCGUCCGCGUGCGAGUGCCCCGCGGCGCCCCCCGUCUGCCCGCCGGGCGUGAGCGCCGUGGCGGACGGCUGCGGCUGCUGCAAGGUGUGCGCCGCCCAGCUGAACCAGGACUGCCACCCGCUGAAGCCCUGCGACCACCACAAGGGCCUGGAGUGCAACUAUGGCAACGACGUGGCGCGCACCUGGGGCAUUUGCCGCGCGAGGCUGGAGGGGCGCACCUGCGAGUACAGCGGCAGGAUCUACCAGAACGGGGAGAGCUUCCGCGCCGGCUGCAAGCACCAGUGCACCUGCAUCGACGGGGCCGUGGGCUGCGCGCCCCUCUGCCCCAGCCAGGUGCCCCUGGCCUCGCCCGCCUGCCCCGCCCCGCGCCUCCUCAAAGUGCCCGGCCAGUGCUGCCUGAGCGUGGACUGCGGCAAGGGGGCGCCGGGGCCGGCCCCGCCCCCCGCUCACCCGCACCCCUUCCCGUUCCCGUACCCUUACCCGCACCCGUACCCCUACCCAUACCCCUACAAGCCGGACAAGAGCCUGGAGAACGAGCUGGUGGAGAUGGGCAAGAAGUGGAGCAAGCAGCGUGGCUACAAGCGCAUGGCCGCGUGGAGGCAGGUGGGAGGGGAGUGCACCAUCCAGACCACCAGCUGGUCCCAGUGCUCCCGCAGCUGCGGGAUGGGCGUGUCCUCCCGCGUCACCAACGACAACGCCCAGUGCAAGCUGGUGAAGGAGACAAGGCUGUGUAACGUCCGGCCCUGCGGCUCUGCACCUGCUCCGCUCAAGGCGGGAAAGAAGUGCUCCCGCACGCGCAAGGCCCCGGAGCCGCUCCGCCUGUCCUACGCCGGUUGCCGCAGCGCCCGCCUGUACCGGCCCAACUACUGCGGGGUGUGCGUGGACGGGCGCUGCUGCUCGCCCCGCCGCACGCGCACCGUCCCCGUGCCCUUCCUGUGCCCCGACGGCGAGCGCUUCGACAAGGCCGUCAUGUUCGUGCAGUCCUGCAGGUGCAGCGAGGACUGCGGCCACCUGAACGAGGUGGCGCUCACGCCGCAGCACUGGCUCCACGGCGACACCCACAAGUUCAUCGACUAGCGCGUCCGCCGCCAGCUUCCCCGCCGCCGCCGCCGCCGCCUCCCAAGCGUACCCGUUAGUAGCGUCCCAGGUAGAUGCCGUCGGAAGGACGUGCGUUCCUCCGUCUGUAGAAUUGUUUGAAAGCUGAAAAAAGGAGGAGGACAGAGGAGAACAUUUUGGAAAUGACAAGAGGGGUUUUUUUUUUUUUUUUUUGGAAAAAAGCCUUCGAC